AUGUGUCGGGUGGCAAACAAACCAUCCCUGAAUAGUUAGGAGGCAAAUCCCAAAAAACCCCCCUUUUUGUUUGCCGAAACCAUUCGUUCGAACCGUUCCCACUUUUGUUUUUGCAGGACUCAACGCGAACACUCUGCAGUUCUAUCGUCACGGAGUCGUCCAUCCGUUCAAGAUCUUCUGUGAACCGUUCAUGCUCAACCACGGAGUGCUCAUCGUCGGAUACGGUAAGGACGGCCGCAAACCGUAUUGGAUCGUGAAGAACUCGUGGGGACCGACGUGGGGCGAAUCCGGAUACUUCCGAUUGUACCGCGGAAAGAAUGUGUGCGGAGUGCAGGAGUUGGCCACCUCCGCGCUCGUCAAGUGA